AUGGCGGGGCCGCUCGAGGGGGCGCCCGCCCGCGCCCCGCGCCACGGCCGCGGCCGCCCAUUUCCUCGCCCGCCCGGCUCAGGUCGGGCCGCGCCGCCGCGCCGGGCGCGCCGGACGGGCGAGAGCUGGGCUAGGCCGCGCAUCCCCGGCCUCGCCUUGCCCCGCAGGCCGCGCCGCCGGGCUCGGAGCUGCCCGUGCCGAGUCCCGCCCCUCCGCCGGAGAACGCCCUUGCCAUUGGUCGGCGGGCUGGCGGGGGGCGGGCGGGAUUGGUGGCUGGGCCUCGGAGGCGGGCGGGACGGGCCGAGAGGCGAGCCCAAAGUUUCUGGAGCUGAGCUCAGCGCAGCCAUGGCCCAGGAGACCAACCAGACGCAGGUGCCCCUCCUAUGCACCACAGGCUGUGGCUUCUAUGGAAACCCUCGAACCAACGGCAUGUGCUCUGUCUGCUAUAAGGACUUCCUCCAGCGGCAACAGAAUAGUGGGCGACUAAGUCCCCCAGUAGCCAGCAGCCCCAGUCCUGCGGUCCUGGAGACUUUCCCUGCAGCAUGUGUGGAGGAGGCGGACCCUGUCCCUGAUGAUGGCCCAGCCAGACCGAGCUCUCAGACUCCCGUGACCCACCAGAUGACGGCCAUGAGCAUAUCGAAGGAAGACGCCCACAGCCAAGCGGACGAGGCCAUCUCCAUGGCUCCCUCCUCAGGUUCUCUUCUUGAAACAUCUCAGAGCUCCUCUGAGGAAGAGAAGUCAUCCGAGAAACCCAAACCGAAAAAGAACCGCUGCUUUGCUUGUCGGAAGAAAGUGGGUCUGACAGGCUUUGACUGCCGCUGUGGAAAUCUCUUUUGUGCCAUGCACCGGUACUCAGAAAAGCACAGCUGUCCCUUCGACUACAAGGCCGAGGCAGCCGAGAAGAUCCGCAAGGAGAACCCCAUCAUCGUGGCAGAGAAGAUUCGGAAGUUGUGAAGCAUGGCAUCCCUGAGGGACAUUUAAGAGGUCCCUGACUCCUCCCCCCGAGGCCGGGGGAUCUGGCUGAAUCCGCUCCGAAGCCACCUCUGGGGUUUGGGUGUUCCCCCAGAUAAAGAACUCUGCAGCUCGAAAGCCCUUAGACUUGUUUGUGUCCUCUCCCUCCCUGGCUCCAGGGGAGAUAGGGGACCAGCUCCCCCAUGUCUCAGCAGGAAGCCUUGCCUUCAUUUCUCUGUCUCCUCCCUUUCCUUGCCCUUUCCCAGGAGGCCCCGGCACCCCCAGCUCUUCCUGCCGACCCCCGGAGCCCUUUGUGGCCCAGCCAUCAGAGGGCCCUCUUCCUUCCCCCACUCCUGCCCCCCAUCCUUCUUCCCUCCACAUGCACUCACCUUGCUCCCCCCCUGUUCUGCCUUACUGUGCACUCCUGGCUCUCAGGCUUGCAUCCCCAGCUCAACUAGCCCCGUUCUCCCCUCACAGGGGAAAAUCUCAGAGGAACCUUAGCUCUGUAUGAAGGUGUUGCCUAUAGUUAGCAGGCCAGCCUGGGGGAAGGGCAGAAGCAGAGUGGGCUGCGGCCCUGUCCCUCCCUCCACCUUGCUCUUGUGGGCACCUUCUCCUUCAAGAGCCUCGGCCCCUGCCCAGGAAAGCUGCCUCUGCUUUUUCCAUGGGAAGCGAGCAGGCUGGGCUCCCUGAUCCGCCGGGCCCCUGGCCACCUGUCCUCAGGUCUGGCAUCUUGAGCGGAUCUUUUGGGGGCGGGCUAGCGGGCGAGUCUCCUUUGUGUGGCUUGAGGGUUGAGGCGAGGAGAGCCGCCCUGUAGAGUUGUGAAGGAGAAGGCCCUGCUGCGGCCAGGAGAGAGAGUGACUGACUCCGUUGGAGUCCAGGACACCCAACACCUUAAAAGGGCCUGAACCUCUCCGAGGGCCAGCAGGAGGGUCUGGCAGCCCAGCUGGAUUCUGAAUCUAGUCUCUGCCCCUUCCCCUCCCCAGGGAGUGGAGCCUUGGCUCAGGCUGGCCCUCGGGGCCCUUCCCAGAGGCCAGUGGGCAGUACCAAGCUGCCAUCUUCUCAGGACUCCCACAGCUGCUCUGGAUUCUUAGUGAGUGCUGCUGACUUCUUUGCCACACUUCCUGCCUUCUCAAGCACAUGCUCCCCUUUGCCUUGAGCCCGUCACCAUCUCCUCCCAGUUUUGUUUUAACUUUUACGGACAGAUCUUAAGUGCUGGGCAAGAGCACCAGCGAGGGCCCAUUCGCCCCUGGGGACUGGACUUGAUCCUGCCCCUCAUGUCUGCUGCCCCUCCACCUCUUGACCUUGCAGACCCUCUGGAGCCCCAGGGGCUAAUGGGUGGUUUGUGGCUUCUAGCCUGCUGCCCCCUCCCUCCUGCUGAACCAGUUUGAUCUUAUUUUUCUUUUCCCUGUCCCCCAGCAUCGUGCCCCGCCUAUGUAAAUAUUAAUAUAUUCCGUUUGUCUCCAUGGUGUGCUGUGUCUCACAUCCAGCUUGGGCCCAGAGGGCAGAACCCGGUGCACUGGGGGGAGGGGGAGAAGCUGCAAAGGCAGAUUUAGUCUCUGUGUAUGGAAGAACUUCCAUAAUAAUUAGAGCUGUCCAAAAGUAGAACAAGAGCCUGGGGAAGUUACGAGUUUCCCAUCACUAGAAAUCAUCAAGCAGCAUUUGGAUGAUCGCCUGUCAGGGAUGUUUUAGAGAGGAAUCCAGCUCAGAUACAGAUUGGACUCGGUAGCCUGGGGAGCCUUUUGCCAGCCUGCAGUUCAGUGCCCUUGGGCUUCCCGCUGACCUCCCUCUCUCUGAGGCUGGCAGGAUGGCAGCAGGCCUAGGAAGGGAAUCAGCCACUCCCAUCCAUCAGGGCUGAGGGCCACCCAGGCCCAGGAAGUCCGUAGAGGCUGCCCGCCUAUCACAGAUCUCAACAGACCCAUUCUACAGUUCUGUGCCUUAAGAUUGGGCGGCCCCACUGGCUUCGAGCCCUCCCUCAGUCUUGUGACAAGACCCCUUGUUAAUGAGGCAUUUGAACUCAUUGCUUUCCAGCUCCAAGUCCUGUGAUCUAUCAUUCGCCCAAAGUUGAUUAGGCAGGGGUUAUCUUAAAAGAAGGAUUCAGUGCCCUAUACAAGACCAUGUUCUUUUUCUCUCUUCCACCUUCUCCCCUACCCUCGCCAAGCCAAAACAACCCAUUUGGAGCUAAAAUUCUAGUUCUGAAUUCCAAUUCUUCCAGGGACUAGGAAACCCCAGCGGGGGAGAGGCAAUGGGAACUGAAAGAAUCUCAUGUCCUUCCCUCAUCUAUAAAAUGAGAGUUGGUCUCCAGAGGGCUUUCUAACUCUGACAAUUUAUGCUCUAAGUUCCCUCUCAGCUCUGAGAGCAAGCUGUGUUCCCUAGCAUUUGGGAACCCAGAAGGGACCUUAGAGAUCAUCUCAUCCAAAUCCUUCAUUUUAAGAUGAGGACAGAGGCUAGGAAGGUAAAAUAACUAAGGAUCUUUCCAAUGUACCAUUAUGUUUUAAGGUUCCUUCUGGCUCAGUUUCUUUGAGAGUUUCUGAAUGACCAUAGGACCCAGACCCUAGACUUGUGGGAGCCGGGAGAGGAAGAAGGAUUAUUAGACAUUCUCAACAAUCCACCCCCUUGCUUUUCUUACUCUGCUCUCAUCCUUAAGAUCUGCUUCUCUGGAUCAUUUCCCCAGUCUGCCAGGUACAUACAAGCUAUCUUGUACCGCACACCAAGAGACAGUUCCCUUUUAUUUCCUCUUUUAAUAAAAAGUUUCUCAAGCUUGCAUAUACAA